CUUACGACAGACGCGUAUUUUUUUUUUUGAAAAGGACUGCAACGGAUACCCCUAGACAAAGACUGGGAAGGGAGAGUGGGGACCACAUAUCUAUCAAACUUCACUGGCUACACGUCCUGAAAUUGGAUAACCGGCGCUGGGAUGGGGAACUGCUGCUCCGAUGUGGCCGGCGGAAGGGCGGCCGUCGGUGGCACAGCUGCUGCUGCCGGCGGCGCUGAUGCUGCUGCGAAUGAUGCCGUCGAUUACUAUCUCAAGUCUCGUGGUUUCCACGCUAUGUUUUCUCCGAUCGAGCUGUCAUUUUCUGCUACAAAUUUGCGUGACCGGGAUGUGCUAUCUAAGAGUGAUCCUAUGGUGGUUGUUUAUACAAAAGCGAGAGAUGGACAACCUACUGAAGUUUUCCGCACUGAAGUAGUUCUUAAUUCAUUGAAUCCCACGUGGAUUAUGAAAUAUGCUAUCACAUUCCAGUUUGAAGUUGUACAAACUUUGCUGUUUCAUAUAUAUGACGUUGACACUCAAUUUCAUGAUAUAGAUGUUAAGAUGCUCAAGCUAGAUGAGCAACAAUUUCUAGGUGAAGCAUCUUGUGUUUUGUCUGAGAUUUUGACUAAACCAAAUAGGUCGCUGACCUUAGAUCUGGUACAAAAAGAAGAUUCCACAAUAUCAAGCCAUCCCCAGCGUGGGCAGCUUGUUGUGCAUGCUGAGGAAUGCAUUAGCUCAAAGACUACAACAGAGAUGAUAUUAAGGUGUUCGGAUUUGGAACACAAGGAUCUGUUCUCAAGAAUUAACCCUUUCCUGGUAAUCUCAAAAACUGUUGAGAGUGGGAACCCCAUUCCUGCGUGUAAAACUGAAGUCUUAAAGAAUGAUCACAACCCGAUAUGGAAACCUAUCUUUCUGAAUAUUCAACAAGUUGGAAGCAAGGAUAGUCCACUGGUGAUAGAGUGCUACAACUUCAACAGUAGCGGCAAGCAUGAUUUGAUUGGAGAAGUUCGAAAAUCCCUAGCGGACUUGGAAAAGCUACGUUCUAGUGGGGCAGGUGAAAAUUUAUUUUCACCCGCUGCUGUUGGGCAUGAUCACAAGGUAUUAAAGAGCCAGCUAUUUGUGGAUAAGUUUUCUGAAAGCGUUCAAUAUACUUUUUUGGAUUACUUGAAAGGAGGAUGUGAGCUUAACUUCAUGGUGGCUAUUGAUUUCACUGCUUCAAAUGGAAAUCCCCGCCUCCCUGAUUCCUUGCAUUAUCUUGAUCCUUCAGGACGGUUAAAUGCAUACCAGCAAGCAAUUGUAGAAGUUGGAGAAGUGUUGCAGUUUUAUGAUUCAGACAAGCACUUCCCUGCCUGGGGAUUUGGGGCACGGCCAAUUGAUGGUCCAGUGUCUCAUUGUUUUAACUUGAAUGGAAGCAAUAGUCACUGUGAGGUUGAAGGAAUCCAAGGAAUUAUGAUGGCAUAUACAAGUGCCCUUUUGAAUGUUUCUUUAGCGGGUCCAACGCUUUUUGGUCCUGUGAUAAGCACUGCUGCACUAAUUGCUAGCCAGUCUCUUGCAAAUGGAGGGAAAAAAUACUUUGUUUUGUUAAUAAUUACGGAUGGAGUUGUAACAGAUCUCCAAGAAACCAAAGAUGCUAUAGUGAAGGCAUCUGACCUACCGUUAUCAAUCCUUAUUGUUGGAGUUGGAGGAGCUGACUUCAAAGAAAUGGAGGUGCAAUUCACGUUUAUACUUCUUUCUAUGCCAGAAUACGUGAUUAUAGAAAUUUUGGAUGCUGACAAAGGAGAGAGACUCGAAAGUUCUACUGGACGUGUUGCUUCACGUGAUAUAGUUCAGUUUGUACCAUUCCGGAGUGUACAAAGUGGACAAAUUUCUGUUGUUCAAGCGCUUCUAGCUGAACUACCUACUCAAUUUUCAACCUACAUGCGAUCCAGGGAUAUUCAACCAAAUUUUUAAUUUUGUAAAGAAGUUGUACAUAAAUGCAGUCAUGGUUUGUAGGUAAUGAGGCCUCAUUCAUCUUACUGGAAGAGGUAACAUAUGCAUUCUUACAGAUUUAUGAAGUCAACAAAACCUCAUGCCAAUGGGCUUGGGUUAGCCGCACCAUCCUUUGUGAUAUUCGUAAGGGCUGGACAAAUUUUACAUUGUUUCCAGCUUGGAACGGUGGCUCUUCCUGGCUCGGAACAAGGUUUGGACAGAUCAAUGAAGACUUCUUACAUUUGGAAUAAAGUUACGGAAGAAUAGCUGAAAAUGCAAUGCAUUCAAGCCAGCUAUGGAAGGAUUGAGGUGGAACUAAAGUGGCCAUGCAUAUCUUGCAAAGUGGAAUAAAACUGUGAAGAAGUCAGAAUUGUAAUGCCGUCUUUUGAUUGUUUUACUUGGUUGUAUUGAUACCUUUAGGCGAUUUGUUGCCCAAAUAUUUCUUCUUUUUGACCUAAUGUGAGAUUCAUUGUUCAGUUUGAAAA